CUGAGCGUUUGUUUCCCGAGAAAAAAAAAAAAAAAAGACAGAGAAAAGAAUGAGUUACACCAUGUCUGAUCCAUUCUCAAAUGGGUUUAUUAUUCUAACUAUGGUUAUAACAUGUUUCAGCUGUUUUUUAAUAAACCAAGUGAAUGCUUCGAUCCAUGAAUAUAAAAACGAAGGUUUCAUUCAUCGCUCUAAUUCUUUUUUCUUCCACGGCGGCAGUGAAGGCCUUUAUGCCUCCAAGGUUCAAGGCAUUCAUACUGAAAAUACCACUUCCAAUGAAGAUAAGCCCCUUAAGGGCAAGUCCUUUAUAAGGUUUGAAUCAAUCACUUUUCGAAGAAUAAAAGAGUUUGCUGAAAAGAAGAAUGAGAUGCAGCAAAAAACCGGAUUGGUGGAAGCUAUAAUAGUUGAGGUCAAAGAUAGGGAAAGAAUUGGGGGCUUUUAUUUGAAUUCUGAUGCUAUUUGCUGCACUCCAGAUCUUGCCAAGAAUGGGGCCUGCAAGGUGGGAGAGGUGAUCAUCCACCAAGACCCGUACAACCUUGAUUGGCCAAAACGAAUUCAGACAUUCUUUGAAGGGCAAAAUGAAGAGGCUACCAUGGCACAUGAAACAAUUGAAAUCAAUAAGACUGGAAUGUACUAUUUGUAUUUUAUGUUUUGUGAUCCAGAUCUCAAAGGUAUACUAAUUACUGGUAGAACAGUUUGGAGGAACCCAGAAGGUUAUCUUCCUGGAAAGAUGGCUCCACUGAUGACAUUUUCUGGUUUGAUGUCUUUGGCCUACCUUGUACUUGGUCUUGUCUGGUUUCUCCGGUUUGGACAAUACUGGAAGCAUUUAAUACAGUUGCACUUUCACAUCACUGCUGUCAUUGGUCUGGGGAUGUGCGAAAUGGCUCUGUGGUAUUUUGAGUAUGCAAAUUUUAAUUCAACUGGGAGCAGGCCAAUGGGAAUUACCCUUUGGGCAGUUACUUUCACCGCUGUUAAGAAGACUGUCUCCCGUUUACUUAUUUUAGUGGUUUCUAUGGGCUAUGGGGUUGUGCAGCCUACCCUUGGUGGUAUAACGGCAAAAAUAAUCCUUCUAGGUGUGACAUAUUUUGCUUUUACAGAAGCACUUGGGCUUGUUGAACAUUUGGGCAACAUCAAUGACUUUUCUGGGAAAGAAAGGCUAGUUCUGGUGCUUCCCGUUUCACUAUUGGAUGCAUGCUUUAUUGUUUGGAUCUUUUCUUCUUUAUCCCAGACUCUGGAGAAGCUCCAGAUUAAAAAGAGCAUGGCCAAAUUUGCACUGUACCGGAAGUUUACCAACUCCCUUGCUGUAACAGUUCUGCUUUCUGUUGCUUGGAUUGGUUAUGAGUUGUACUUUAAUGCAGCCGAUCCAUUGAACGAACUGUGGCGAAGAGCUUGGAUAAUUCCAGCUUUCUGGACUUUGCUUGCAUAUAUUCUCUUGGUGAUAGUAUGCAUUCUCUGGGCCCCGUCACAUAACCCAAAUAGAUAUUCAUUUUCGGAAGAGACAGGAGAUGACCUUGAAGAGGAGAGCAUUUCACUUACUGGCAGUAGUGUUAUGCUGGUGGGAGAUUUAACAACCAAGGUGGAAAGAAAGGAAAGGAAGGUGUCAAUUGUGGCAGAACCUCAUGUGUUUGGGCUAGGUGAAGAUCUUGAAGAGGACAAAAGAGAGUAAUGGCCCCAAGUCUCCUGUUUUGCAGUUUAACUCAAAAGUACAAAUAGCUACUUAAUUCAGGAGUCCCCUCACUAAAACAAUUAUCACACCUCUUAUUUGCACUGAAUGGGAGAAAGAUACACAGAAAAGUUCUUGAAUGGCAGUUGAAGUUCAAGUACCUCAACACAAUUACAGGUUCUCUCGUAUGUUUGUGGAUGUUAAUGCAUCACAACUAGACUCAAGAUUUGGAGCUUUUUGGGGAAACAAACUUAGAAUCCGAACCAUUUAGGCUCUUCCACACGCAAUGCCUUUGCUAAUAGUUGUUAAUUACUUGAUAGCAGAAACUGAUUUGUUCAAGAAGCAUGAAUUGCAUGCAUCAUAAUAUCCUAAUUCCAGUGAUUCUACAGAGUUAGGAUGAGAUUACAUUCAAAAUAUUUUUGCAGCCUUUGUAUGUCAUACAAUUGUUUCAGUCCGGCAUUUAACUGAAAUGGGAUGGUUUAGGAUUGUUAUCUUCUUAACUCCUUUUUUUUUGCGACAAAAUUGUUUAAAUCAAAUGCAACAUCUGAUUAUGGACUGUUAAUAGUUUUAUUUCUACCAAAACUGUCUGAAAACCAUAAGCAAUUAAGCAUUGACUAUUUCUUAGUUCAUGAUAUUAGUUACUUUGCUUUGCAUCGCGUAGGGGAAGGAGCAAUGACAAAA